AUGACUGCAACUGAGCUCAACCGCAUAAUAUGGCAGAUUGCGCUAUCUGCAGCGGCUGCUGCCAUGAGCGUUUUUAUGUUCAAGCUCGUGAAGAUGCGCACGAUCUUCUACAAGCUGAAGAAGCAAGGACUGCCCAUGCCGCCGUGGGACUUCGCAGCUGGUAACCUCAAAGUGCUGCCAGGACUCCUUGAAAAGUUUCCCAAAGGCUCCCAACAAUCUGAUGUAUUCACCCUGCUAUCGAACGACUUUAAGGACUCUGACAACUGCUUUUAUGUCGAUCUAUGGCCUUUUAGCAGUCCGCUCCUCGUAGUCACCUCGCCAGAUCUAGCGAUACAAGCAUGUCAAGAGCAUGAUCUUCCAAAGCCUCCAGUUCUCAUACCGUUCUUUGCACCCUUUGCGGGUGGGCCCAAUUUGUUUGAUAUGAACGGCGCGGAGUGGAAGCGCUCGAGGGCGCUCUUCAACCCGGGCUUUAGUGACAGGGUAAUGCUUGGGAGCAUACCGCACAUCAUCGAGGAAGCCGAAGUCUACGUGAAGCUGCUGCGAGAGCAUGCGAAGAAAGGGGAUACGUUCUCGCUGGACAGAUUGACGUGCGACUACAUGAUGGACGUAAUCGGUGCUAUCACCAUCAAUACUCGCCUUCACUCCAUGACUAGCCACAAUGCGCUUGCAGCCGCCAUGCGAAGCUCUAUCGAAUGGCAUUGCCAGGACGAAGAGUUGAACCCUUUUAUACGCUGGAACCCUAUGCGACCCUUGAUCGAAUGGUGGAACGGCAAAACCAUGAAUCGAUACAUCGGCAUCGAGCUGGACAAACGAUAUGAAGACUGGAAGACCCAUGAGCCAUCUAAUCGUGCAAGUUCCGUCAUGGACAUUGCGAUAGCAGCGUACAUGACCGAGCGCAAGGCUGCGGCGAAGCUUGAUGCCGACUUCAAGAAGUGGGCGACUAUCCAGAUCCGCCUGUUCUUGUUCGCCGGGCACGACUCGACCGCUGCAACGAUUGUUUACAGUCUAUAUCUGCUGUCCAAGCACCUAGAUGCUUUGGCCAAGGUUCGUGCAGAGCUCGAUGAGGUCUUUGGAUACGGCAUCGACACAGCUGCUACCUCACUGAACAUGCAUCCAGAGCGCAUCAAUAAGAUUCCAUACACCACCGCUGUCAUCAAAGAAACCCUGCGACUCUUUCCACCAGCUGCUGGCAUGCGAGGUGGGCUUCCAGGUGUCUUCCUACGUGACAAGAGUGGAAACAAGUACCCUACCGAGGACAUUAACAUCUGGAUCUUACACGGAGCAAUACAGCGGAAUCCAAAAUACUGGCCUGAGCCUCAUGAGUUCCUGCCGGAGCGCUGGCUUGUUGAGCCUGGCCAUCCUCUGUACCCGCCAAAAGGUGGAUGGCGGCCAUUCGAAGCUGGCCCAAGGAACUGCGUUGGCCAAACGCUUGCGAUGCUGGAUAUCAAGAUCACCUUGGCGAUGACAGUCCGCGAAUUCGACGUUCAUGAUCAGUAUGAAGAGUGGGACCGGCUGCAUCCUUCGUCUGGUGUCCAGACGGUCUUUGGGGAGAGAGCGUAUCAGGUACCGCUGGGAGCAGCGCACCCUGUGCACGGUUUUCCUUGCAAAGUCACAGCGCGAGAAUUCUUGAAGAGUUAG